AUGCUGCAAGAACGCAACCUCAUCCAUCGUAUUAACUCCACAGGCUAUGCUGGAUGCUGUGACGAAUUCACCACAUCCAUCGCACCCGCGAUCCUCCUACGGCUCACAUUAAUAUACCAUGGUGCUCAAUCCCACCUACCUAGCGCAGCGGACGCGAUCCUGUAUGUUUAUACCUAUUCCCCGCGCUAUCCUCGAGCAGGCACAUCGCUCCACAACUCACCUGAAAUCCAAAACAUGUACUCCCUCAGCCUCCCCGUCUCCGCCAUCCGUACGAAGAUCCGCCAGGAGUUCGAACGUCACCGAUACGUGAACCAAUUACCCGUCGUUGAUGUAUUAUUGUUCCAGAGCCACAGCGAAUACCAGGAAAUGUUGAACUACUGGAAGCAACUCUCACACGUCAUGAAAUAUUUCCGCGUUGAAGAAGAUCCCACUGCAAAACUGCCAAAGAACUUCAUGUCUAGGUUCCUGGAGGGCCGGAAUUAA